AUGCCUUCAACUGAGGAUUCCGUUCGUGAGCGCCUUCAACUUCUUAAUCCCACGCACUUGAAAAUAACCGAUUUCUCUGACGGAUGUGGUCUUAAGUUAAAGGUCGAAAUUGUAUCAGAGCAAUUUGUGAGUAAAACUCUACUUCAGCAGCACAGAAUGGUAAACGACCUACUAAAAGAAGAAAUGCUGAAUAUCCACGCUCUAUCGCUGUCAACGUUUACUCCUGAAAAAUGGUCCUCUAAGAAUUAA